AUGUCUCCUUCUGCGCAACAGCAGCAGUCUGCAGACAUGAGCGACAUGGCCGACGACGACCAGAAGCGGAAUGCUAACCUCGCACGCAUUCGAGAUAAUCAGCGACGGUCGCGGGCGAGGAGAAAGGAGUACUUGACUGAGUUGGAGGAGAAGUAUAGGACUUGUGAGAAGGUGGGCGCUGAAGCAUCGGCUGAGAUCCAGGCGGCUGCCAGAAAGGUUUUGGAGGAGAAUAGGGCGAUACUGGAGGAGAAUCAUCGGCUACGACUACUCCUCAAGCAGAGCGGUCUGUCCGAGGCAGAUAUUGAUGGUUGGACCUCUGACAGGAUAGAAACCACUCAGCACCCGAGUGCUGAGAGCGUGGAACUACAGAGCAUGAUGGGCAAACGCAAGCCGUGCGGGCCAGGAUGUAGUCCUACCAACAGGACGGUAGAAAAGAAGACCGCGACCGAGCUGAAAGCUGCGGGUGCACAAUCUUUAGCACCAACAUCGAAAUCUCUAUUACCAGUACAGCCCGCUAUACCGCAAUACCAGAGUCCGCUCUCUGUCUCAAGCGACACCUUCACGCCAACCAGCGCGCAUUUCUCACAGACGCAAUCAUAUCCACCGCUGCCAUCAGCCGAGCAUUCUCUACAACCCAUGGACUACGAACACUUUGAUGAAGCUUUACUAUGGCACGAUAAUUUCACAUCGCCUGCAGGCACUGGGAUAGCAGAAUCUUCGUCUUGCUUUGUUGCCGCAGACGCGAUCCGCACCAUCAAACCUGAUCUUGGCUUUGAGCUCGAACACGAACUGGGUUGUGGAGUCGGCCAGGAGUGCGCUGUUUCGAAUGCUCAGAUCUAUGGUAUUAUGGAUCGGUAUGCUGCUGAUCCUAUCACACGAUCUGUUGGGUGA